AGGUGGAUCACUGUGUCCAAUGUUUCUCCACAGAGCUGACUUAAACCUUUCUCCUCGAACAAAACGAGUCCCGUAGAGAUAGCUGAGAGUCGGGUUUGACUCCCGGAGAGGAGCUGGAGGUGGACUGGGGGGGGGGGGGACAUCAUAAUGAUCAACACCAUGGAAUGCGCAGCGGACGCGCAAAGCCUGAUCUCCAUAUCCCUGAUGAAGAUCCACAACUCCAGGACGCAGAGAGGAGGGAUCAAGCUGCACAAGAACCUGCUGGUGUCCUAUGUGCUGAGGAACGCCAGGCAGGUCUACAUCAAGGAGAAAUACGCGGAGAUCUACAGGAUGCAGCAGUACGAGGAGGUGAUGACGGUCUGCAACGAGAUCCAGGAGCUCAACCCGCUGGAUCUGGACGCAGAGGACUCGGACUCGGAGGAGCAGGCGCGGGCAGCCUGCUGCGGCGAAGAGGCGAGUCUGUGCGGCUCCGCGUGCCACCGAGGCGCGGCGCAGCCAGUGGCGCACGCACGGACAGCGAGCGCUCUUUUCGGCUGCUCUUCGCCCGAGGACGGGAGCCUGGAACCGGAUCCCUCCUACUACCGGAGCUGCUGCAUGGAGGUCCCCGUGUUUCACUGUGACCAGCUUCCCGCGAGCAGCGGCGCGCACUGCAACAAGACCACGGUGCUGGACCUGGACACGCAUGUGGUGACCACCGUGGAGAACGGCUACCUCCACCAGGACUGCUGCUGUGAUGCGCUCCAGUUCGGCCAGGGCGCGCAGUCUCCGGCCAAGAAGCGGAAGGUUGAGUUCGGCUGUUGUGUAUCCGACGUGGAGGAGGUAUCGGACUUUACAGCUGCUCGCAAACGGGCGAAACGCGAGGACUGUUCCUACUCCAACCUAGACUACACGGACACCUCCAACAUCUCCAACCUGAUUUCCAUCUUCGGCUCGGGGUUCUCGGGGCUGCUCAGCAGACAGGCGGACUUGGAACAGAUAUGUAGCAAACAGGUCCUGGCCAGUCUGGGGGCAUGGACCCGAGCGAUUGUGGCAUUUUGAAUCAGACCCUUUAUUUUAGGGGACACAGGGACACAGGGACACAGGGGUCAGUUGUAACAUGAAGAAUUAAACUAAAACCCAGAGGAGAUUGUCGGGGAACACUUGGCCAAACUCAGGAGAACAAAGUAUCGUUCUCCAUGUUCUCCAGGGACGUUUACAACAUGUUUCUCAUGUCGUCUUUGCAACUUAAACAAAUGUUCUGUGUUUUUAAAAAUGACCACGCAAGGCGGAAUGUUUUCUACAACCUUCCUUUUUGGAACGUUACUGAAUAUAAAUGGGAACCAUGGGGGAACGCUGGCAGUUCACUGAGAACUCCCAGUUUAGCGUCCUCUCCAUGUGCCACAGUCCAAGUGCUGCAGCAGAAUGUGUGUUUGGUGAAAUCAGUGUUAUCACAGCAGCUGUGCAUUGUUACACACAGAGUCUCAUGUGUGAGCUCAGUUCACCAACAGCAGCCGGUCAGUAGUAGAGGUCAGUAGUAGAUGUCCAUUCGUCUGUCCAUUGAUGCUCACUCGUUUGGUAAUGAUUAUUAAUACACUUAUAACACUCAAAGUGUCAACACAUCACAACUGGCCAAACUGUAACCAUAACUGCAAUGUUAAUGUUCAUCAUUCAGAAUGUAAAACAAUGACACAGAUUUUUAGAAGCUUUACCUCUGAGCAUUGGAUUUCUUUUCACAUGUUACAAAAAGAUGAAGGUGUCAAGAAUUAUACCUCACUUAAUUACAUAUGCCAGUGUGGUUCAUUGGUGUGCAUGUGUGACAUCAACACGCACUUGUUUCCGAUUGGAGGAUAUGGAGGCGUUAUAACUGAGCCCGGUCUCCCCUACAAAGUCUAAAUCAACUUUAUUUUUGCAAGAAAAAAGAAAAGCUAUUUAAAAAGGGAGCAUUUGAAAGAGAAGGGGGAUGAGAGAGUUCGUACAGGUGUUCCUGUUGUCAGAAUAGGAGAUACAUAUCUUCAGAUGACACUUCUGUGACGAUUGAAAUGGAUUGACUUCCGUUGCCUUAAAAGAAAUGCACAGCACUGCUAGUUAUUGUAAUGAACAGAACGUGACUGGACCUCUCUCCUGGCCUGGGCCGGGGAGCCUCUAGGAAAAACAGUUUGUUGUCAUGUGAAACAAGACUCCCUCCUAAACACUUUGAGGUACAGACUCUGAACCAACUCUCAUCACUUAAUGGCGCUCCAACACUUCCGUACUGGAACUCUCUCUCCCAGUGUGAAAUGAACAGUGCUAGUUGUUCCCCCCCUCUUAAUGGUUGUUGCUCAAAGCCUUCACAAUAAUUCAUAAUUCCAACAUGUCUUGGUUUUGUGAGUUUGACUUUGUUUUGUGAAAUAAUUAUCUUAGUCCUUUUGUUUUAAAAAGGCAAACUCCUGAUUUAGCCAUAACCUGAGAAUCCACUCAUUAGCUUUAUGAGCACUAUGUGUACCAAAAUAAAGAGAGUAUUCAGCCAUUCUCUACAUAUUUUGUUCUUAUUCUUGUAUUUUUGUGCUUACUAAAUUGUAUAUCACCGGGUAAAACUGUUCCAGAAAAUAUUAGUUAAAAAUGUAUAAUCUUAAUAAAAAA